AUGAAUAUAAUAAAAAACUGGCCUAAGGUGGGUUUCGGCUGGUUAAGACGCGUCCGAAACCUUCCAGUGAGGCUCCUUAUCGGCUCCGCACAAACGGCACUAUAUUUCUGACCUCUAGAAGAGUCCUGGUCAACGCCAGGUGCUGGACUUGGACAUCAAGACGACAAAAAACCGCUUUUCGUCUUCUACUACUACCGCUACCACUAUUACUACAAAUGCUACUACUAAUACUGCCAAUAGCACUAUUGCUACCACUACCAAUAUCACUGCUACUGCUGAUACUACUACUAAUGCUGCCGAUACUACUAUUACUACUACUGCCGACACUAUUAUUGUCGUUACCAAUGCUACUGCUACUACUAAUACUGCCGAUAUCACCAUUAUCACCACUAUUGCUGCUACUAAUACUGCCGCUGCCACUAUUAUUCCCACUACCAAUGCCACUAAUACUGCUACUAAUACUGUCGAUACCACUAUUAUUACCUCUACCAAUAAUACUGCCGCUACUACCAAUACUGCCGAUACCACUAUUACUACCACCACCCAUGUCACUACUACUACUGCCAGUUCUACUACUACCGCUACUAAUACUGCCGAUAUCACUAUUACUGCCACUGCCAAUACUACUGCCACUACUACUAGUACUGCCGAUACCACUAUUAUUACCACCACCUAUACCACUACUACUGCUGCUACUACGACUACGACUACUGCUACUACUACUACUACUACUACUACUACUACUACUACUACUACUACUACUACUACUACCACCACCACCACUGCAAAGCAAUCAAAACGAGAUUAG